AUGACGAAGAAGCGAAAGAGGUACCCCGACCUCAACCAGAAGCUCGAGCGGCCCUGGUGCUACUACUGCGAGCGCGACUUCGACGACCUCAAGAUCCUCAUCUCGCACCAGAAGGCCAAGCACUUCAAAUGCGACCGCUGCGGCCGGCGCCUAAACACAGCCGGAGGUCUCUCCGUGCACAUGAACCAAGUCCACAAAGAGAAUCUCACGCACGUCGAAAAUGCGAUCCCCGGGCGACAAGGCCUCGACAUCGAGAUCUUCGGCAUGGAGGGCGUGCCGGCGGAGAUCGUGGACCAGCACAACCAGCAGGUGACGCAGAAGCACUUCGCGGAGGAGGCAGAGCGGCAGCGGAUGACGGGGAAUCCGGCGCGCGGGGCGUUUGCAAAUGGAGCGGUGGUGCCAAAUAAGCGGGCUCGGGUUAACGAGAGCUUGGAGGAGAUCGAGAAGAGGGCGGAGAAGUAUCGGCAGGAUAGGGCGAAUGGGAUUAUUCCCGCGCCGGCGCCGCCUGUUGCGGAGGUGGUGCAGAUUCCGACACCGCCCGCGGUUCAACCCUUCGGUGCACCCCCAGGCGCCGCAGCACCUCCCUUCCUGCCCGGCCAACAAUUUCCUCCCCCAGGAGCACCGCAAUUCCCGCCAGGCCAGGCCUUCCCACCUGCAUAUCCCCCGCGACCCGGCAGCAUCCCCGGCAGCUCAGGUCUUCCCCAGCGACCCGGCUUCGGCGCUCCACCACCAGGUGCGUUCCCGCCUACGAACGGAGCACCUCCGGUUGGAGCAGACCCAAGCGCGCUAUCAGCGUCAUUGGACGACCUCAUUGCAGACGUUACGAAGGGUGCUGCCGGCGCUGCGCCCCCAGCUCCAGCUCCAACUCCAGCUGCGGAACCCGCUGCGGCGGAGAAGAAGGGCAAGAAGGAUAAGAAUAUCAAGCUGGUGUUCUUCGACGACGCUGUGAGUCCGGAGGAGAAGAUGGCGGCGCUGCCGAGGUUUGCAGACUUCAUGCGGACGUGA